AUGAAAGCACCGGAGCUUGGGGCAGAAGAGCGGAGAAAAGUGCUGAAAAGAAAACAGCAGGCUGCAGCGUCGUCCUCGGCUCUUUUCCGUGUGCUUUGCUCUGAGAUCUCAACUUCAGACAGGACCGAGGGAACUUCAGCUACUUGUCAGACAGCUCGGCCCCGCAACGGGGCCAGGGGGCCCGCCCCCUUCACCAACGCGGGGACUGACUUCUGGUGGUGGUUCAUAAAGACCAUUACAAGUGCCGGCAGAUCGCGCUCGCUCGCUCUCUCCAAUAGUUUCAAACUGCUCCCCAGAGCGAUCAAGCGGGCCGGGGCGGGGGGCAGCCAGUGCUAUAGAAUAAUCGCCGGACGCGGGGAGAGAGGGCGGGGGUCCGGGAGGGAGAAACCACAGCAAUACUCCCCAGAAGAGUUAGCUACCCCUGCGGCGGGCUGCAAAGCCCUUUUGCCUGGGGGAGCGGUUCUAGCUGCUGCUGCUGCGGGCGAGCCCGCGCCUGUCUCCAGAGCGGAGCCUCCUCUUCUGCCUCCCAAGCCGCUGGGCACGGCCGCCCCUGCGCCUCGCUGUGCAGCCCAGCCGCUGGGGCUGGGAGUCGAGAGGCAGCUGCGGAGAGGAGUGAGAGGGAGGCAGCGCGGCGGCAGCGUUGCCAAAGCGGGCGGAGCUAAGCCGGCUCACAGCCCGUCCUGCUCUUGCUCGGCUUCUGCUCCAGCUCCCCCGGCGGCCCGAAGGAGCACGUGCGAAGGCUUCUGGCAUGGUGGCCUUGCAGGGUACACCCUCCACACCAGCAGAAUACUUGACGCUGAUGAGGAGGAGAAAGAAGAGGGUUAGGGAGGACAUAUUCUGUGAGAUCCUGCAAUGCAUCGGGCCAUGACCAAAGGAUAUGGAGGGCCAAUAUGACAGGCAGCAUGGAGAAAUUCAGAACAGGAAAAAGUCCUGGGGGUCCCAGCAGGACAAGGAGCAGGAAAUGCAAAAUGGGUCUUGACAGGCAGCAAAUCCAAAUGCUGCAGACCCUGAUGGACCUACAGGUAACUCUAUCCUUUGCCAUCCUUGGAGUCCGUUUGCAGUCCACGGUCACUGUUCUGUACACAACCCAAUAUAUCAUAUCCUGGUACUGCAGCCUGCAUCCUUGCUCCCACCACUCCAUACCGGGGGACAUCAAGAAAAUCACUGCUUCACAUACAUUGACCCAUGAGAACCAUAAAUGGUGUGUGUGUAGCCACAACUGACAACAUGUGUUUACAUAAAUAGACAUAAAUGUUUACUUCCUUUUUAAAUUUAAAUUCUAACUCCUUUA